AUGCUUACAAGUCCGUUUGCCUCAAGCUGUUCGUCCUUCGCAGCUGAGCUUCCAGAAGACGCAACCAAGAAUCCACUCACGACUCCGCAGUCGGUCCCAGCAGAUGGAGAGAACACGUAUGUCGAGGAUCCUCCUUUGCGAAAACCAGGAGGCACGAAGCGACGAUUAUCGUCGGCGCCGCAGCCCCAGACGAGAAGCUCCAAGACCUUAGCAUGUCUCAACUGCCGGCCCAGGAAGAUCAAGUGCGAACGCGUUGGGGGUACCUGUGAGAGAUGCCGGACAUUAGACAUCCCUUGCAGAUUGCCAGAACGCGAUGAGAGACGGGUACGCUAUUCAAAGGACUAUAUCAUCCAGCUCCAGGACCAGAUUGCUGAGCUGCGAAGCACUGUGGCAACUAUGCAAGCGGCAUACACGCAGCCGAAGUCCCCAUCGCAACCGCUGCAUUGGCCGGCGGCAGUAUCGGGUUCGCCAUCGCAAUUGCAAGCGCAGAUUCAACCACCAUCACAACCACCAUUGCAGCUUCAAGGUUCCGACUCUUUAGGCUCUCCCACAUUGAUGACGGACGACUCCAGCGCCAUUGGAGAAAGACCCAGCAAAGGAACUCCCGAGUCGGAACCGGGCGAGAGCCUUAUUAGCCGACUGUGUGAGGCCCAAGGACGACUCAACAGCAAGGAUGAUGGCCAGCUACGAUAUUUCGGGCCCACUUCCAGCCUGCAUCUGACGGAGAGCGUCACCUCGAUCUUUAAAUAUUGCAGUGACGUCUCAAAAUUCGGAGCGGACAUCGAGAAGGACGUCCCCUGGGCUAUGCAACAAUAUCUUCUUGAUCUGUAUUGGAAAUAUCAGCACAACAUCCUCCACAUUAUUCACAAAGAAGCUUUCCUCGCGGGGAUGCAGACGCAGCAGGGUCCAUACUUCAGCCGUUGUCUCCUUCUGUGUCUCCUGGCUUCUGCUGCUCGGAUCUCAGUAAGCCCAGAGAUUAGAGCCUUGUCUGUACCGGCCGAUGACGACGAAACUGGCGAGAAGCCGAUAUUGACCAGACAAGCCGAGGAGGCUUUGGAAGAAGAGCUGUUGAGCCCGGGACUGACGACGAUACAAUCAUUGAUGCUGCUAAGUAUCAUCGACUGCUGUCAAUCGAACGACUCGCGGGGAUGGAUGCGGUCAGGAAAUGCUUGUCGACUGGCGUUUGACCUUGGCCUUCAUGAGAAUUGGUCCCGGAUACCCAAUACCAAGCUCUCCCCCCUCGACUUCGAAGUCAGACAGGUCAUCCUGUGGGGUUGCGUUGGUUUUGAUAGACUCUGGGCGCUCUAUCUCGGGCGGCCACCUGUCAUUAAGUUGAGUGACGUUUCCAUUGACCGCCCGCAUAGAAAUGCUCCGACAUGGGACAUGAAGAUGUUUGCAGCUUGGGCCGAACUGCUCGAGCUUUCGGGUCACAUCAGCGAGAAACUAAAUACCAAUACCUGCUUUCAAGAUCAAAUCGAUUUCUUCACAGAGGCGCUGCAAAGAUGGGAUGCUAGUCUCGAUCACAGCCUGACUUUUUUUCCGAAUGCACCUCCAGGCGUUUAUCUUCUUCGAAUCCAAUAUUCGGCUUUGACGAUCCUUGUGAACAGGCAUAACGCGGGAUACGGCAAUCUGGAGAAGCGGCAUUGUCAGAACUCGAACAGGUCGCGUCGGAUCUGUCUUGAGCACGCUUUUACAAUCUCCAACCUAGUUCUCAACUACGCGACUCAUCACGGGGAAGCCAAUACAAUGCUAGGCUCUACCUUGUACAAUAUUACCAUGGCCGCCACCAUCUUCCUCGCCGAGAUUAAUGAAAGAAACCGACAGGAGGUAUCCGACGAAACUGCUGCUUUGGCAACAUGUCUGAAAGCCAUGAAAGAGAUGGAGAGUGCGGAAAUUGUGGCCCGAAACCUUCGCAAGAUCCUGCAGACCAUCAUGCGUGUGACUCGAGUCUGUGAUGUGCCCAAUUAUGGCGAGCAUAUCGACACCUCGACCGGAUGGCAACAAUCAAGGCCAGGCGCAGAGCUCAGUGGCACUGAAGCAACAGUUGCUGCACUUCCCGCCAAGCGAAGAGACAACCACUGUCAUGACAGCGACACUGACUUUACCUUUCUGAACUUCGAUACAUCGGCGUUUGAUGGUGUUUUUCAGCUGCCGUUUGACGAAGCCUUGCUAGACCCGUCUUCCGUGACCGCCUUUUUAGCAUCGUGA